CUGUUCACGAUUUGAAAAACGGCAGAUCGCGCGUGAAGAAGAUACGCAGGGAUUAAGAGGCAAAUUGAGGGAAUCCAGACGGGGUGAUAUAGGAAUUUCUCAGACCAGCUUAGCGCUGUUUCGAAAAUGUCGAUAAACAUUCGUUGUGCAACGACAGAGGAUCUCCUGAACAUCCAGCACUGCAACCUGCAGUGCCUGCCGGAGAACUACCAAAUGAAGUACUACCUCUACCACGCGUUAUCCUGGCCGCAGCUGAGCUACGUAGCAGAGGACGAAAAAGGUCGAAUCGUCGGUUACGUGUUAGCAAAAAUGGAAGAAGAUUGCGAGGACAACCCUCACGGGCAUAUAACAAGCCUCGCGGUGAAGCGCUCCCAUCGUCGCCUGGGCAUAGCCCAGAAACUGAUGAACCAAGCGUCCCGUGCGAUGGUCGAGUGCUUCAGCGCGAAGUAUGUCUCCCUCCACGUACGGAGAAGCAACCGCGCGGCACUCAAUUUGUAUACCAGUAGCCUUCAGUUCGAGGUGUCCGAGGUCGAACCGAAAUACUACGCGGACGGCGAAGAUGCUUACGCGAUGAAGAGAGAUUUGAGUAGCUUCUAUUUGGAGAAGGGCGCGCAAGGGAACAAGGAGGCGAAGGAGCAUGUGCAUACCGCGAGGUGCUGCGAUCGUUCUUAAGAGUCCGACGGCGAUUUGCUUAUUGUGUAUAGGUUUAUUGAUGUAUUUAUAGAGGUAAAUGUUGUUUAAGGCGACUAAGAAAUGUAAGGAUCGGUCGAAAUGUACAGAAUUAUAGUGUAUGGGUAUUGGA